AUGAAAUUAAAUAUUGACGAGCCUGCUCCUGUAAUUGAAUGGAAUAAUACUAAUGAUCCUCGUCAUUCGAUAACAAUAAAAAAUUUAUUACAACAAACUAGUGGUUUGAAUUUUGAAGAAAUUAUUAUUCGAAAAAGUACAAAUAUAUUAUCACGUAUUAUUCGUCAUACAGUGGGUGAAAAUGAAUAUCAUUCAUUUCCUUAUCGAAAAUUAUUUUAUAAGCUUGGUAUGAAUAGUUUUAUUAUGGAAGUUGAUGCAUCAGGUAAAAAUAAUGAUUCAUCUGUACGAAGAUUUCUAAAUGUACCUACAGAUAUGUUUUAUGCAAGUGGUUUUGAUGGACAAGCUAUAUAUAUAAUUUCAUCGAAGAAAUUAGUCGUUGUUCGUCUUGGUUUAACAAAAUUACCAGAAGGAGAAUAUGGAGCAAAUGAAUUUUUAAAAACUAUUAAUAAUUUAAUUAAAUAA